AAUUGUCAAUCACGAUUGGCGACUGCCUGUGUAAUAAAUUCCUUCUGAUUGUCUUAUUAUUUUCUUUAUAUACCCAGAUGGAAUAAACUGUCUGAAAUUAAUAAUAAAAUAAAAAUACAGCUUUUAUACCGCCACGAUGCAGUACACAUCUGACGAAGCCUAUGCACGGCUUAUCAGCCACCAUAUGACUGUGCCACAAAGAAUCAAGGCUACUGGUGAUAUUGUAGAUGAAGACAGUGCCCCAAAUGGAAUAGUGUCUGGCUGGGACUAUGCAAAUGAAAAGUUUGACAUGAAAGUACCAGAAAGGAUACUUGUUGUGGGACAGGACCAACAUGUUGGGACAAAAGCUCCACCUCGUGAAAUCCAGCUGGAUAAUGCUGUGCUACCAACAGACCCUGGUAUGAUUCGGGUCAGCACACCACCUCGUGUAAUUACACUUGACCAACAUUACUUUCCGUCUGCUGAUGACUUUCCUCAAGGCGUGCCAACUAACUCUCCUCCAAGGAACUCUAGAAACUUUAGGUCUCAGGGUGAUGGGGCUCGUUCCACUACUCCCCGUCCUGAUAAUUUCAAUGAGUCUACUAUGACUGAGUCACGUUUGGUAUUGCGAGAUCCAACACCACCAAUUGGAAAUGGUGAGGGUUUAUCAACUUCUGAGGAGUUGGUACAUCUCCGGCGUCAGAUUGUUAAAUUGAAUCGUCGUGUAAUGUCAAUUGAGGCAGAGCAACUUCAGAGACAACAGAAAGAAAAAAUUGCGUAUGCUUUUGGCAUAGCAUACUUGUUAUUCAAAGUUAUUGCUUGGCUGAAUAGAUCCUAAACAAUAUUAGGAGCGGCAUCAUUAAAAUGUAAGAUGAAGUCCUACUCAUGUACUGUUGACUUUUAUGAAAUUUGAAUCACUGGAUUGUUUCAUGGAACAUAUUCUGUAGAAUGUCUCUUUCCAAUGUAGUAAAGGUG